AAAAAAUGUUCAUUGAUCGCAAACCCUUACCCUAACCCUUCUGGCGUCAACAACACCAACCCUCCUUCUAUCAUCAAUUAUAUUCCCUCUCUGAUAUAACGAGGUGCUGAGCUCCCUGUCAAAAGGGCAUCGUUCGUCGCGUCAACGACGACAAGACGCUUCCCGGUAUGGCCCACCGCCAACUUCAGGCUGCCGAGAUGGCAACUGCCAACUCACCCAUCGCGUCACGAACGCGGAAGCGCGGUGUUGGCAACAUGGGUACCAGUAACAACGUAAAUCCUCAGACUACAGUGGCAGCAUCAGCUCCUUCACGAGCAGCCAAGCCGAAGGCAGCGGCUCCGGCGGCUCAGGUUUCUAUCAUGGCCACGCCUGAAGCGACUGCUCCGACUCCAGGCUUGGUCUCAAACACGGCGGCCACGCCGGGAACCUUUCGACCCACUUUUGGACGCAGGUUUGCUCCUAGGGACGAGACAGAUACUCGAAGUGUCCGAAGCCUGCCGAGUGCCGCGCCGGAUCAGUCUCAAAUUGAUGAAUAUGACAUGAACACAUCGCAGUAUCAAGCCGGUACGCCCUCUGUAGUAGCUAGAGAGGCCAGCAUGGCUCCUUCUGAUGCAUUUUAUACUCCAGGAGGUGUUAAUGGUCAAAUGGGCGUGGCUCGAGCCCUAGAGAAGAACUUACCAAAGCUCGUGGAGGCAGCUACCGAGCUACACCAGCUUCUUUCAGACCCUGAGCGAAAUUCUCAGGAGACCCAAGAAGAGGAUACCGUCUGGAUCGGAGAACUGAGCGUUGCCCAUACAAUUCUGAACGCUCUCAAGCGUCCGUACUGCUCUCAGGGUGUUACGUAUAUUCGCGAUACAGAGGAUCUCUGCGAACGACUACAGUACACAUAUGGCCAUGCCCCCUUUGAGACUGCCAAGACUGUAGCAUCGAUCGUCAACCUUUCCGAGCUCAUGUAUGAUUUCACAUUUCUACGUGACGCCCCAGAAGAGCAUAUUUUCUUUCUUGGCCGGCUCGAUAAAUAUUUCCCUGCAGUAUUUAUCCCCAUUCCACUCCUUGGACGAGGCGAGUGGGAGAAGGCUACGCUUGCUCUUGCGGUCGAUAUCCGAACCCAACUGGCCAUCUCCAGGUUGCGUGAGCUUGAGAGCGGCCAGUCUGCAAUCGAGGUUCUCGGUGACGUCUUUCUCGAAUACGUCGAUAAAGAAGCCGAACUCGACGAGCAGCUGGCCCUCCCACAAAGCUACCGAGGGCUGCCUGGCUGCGAUUCUGUGCAAUAUCGCUUCAAAGAGUUGCCCGCAAUAGGCAAAUCACAGGAACAGUUCUGCCAAAAGUGUCAGGAAAUCAAGGAGCUUGUAGGACAGCACGUGAAUAACGUGCCCGAGGUCAUCUCCAAGAUCGAGGAGCACUUUGACUUUGCUGGCUUCCGCAGUGUGCUCCAGAGCUGGAUUGGUGGUGUGACAACUGACUUGAUGGAGAUGCCCCUCAACCAGGGCCCCUUCGACCCCAACCUGGGCACACCUGCAUCAACUCGCCUUCGAGAAUCUGUCCUUGGCCGAUCCCCGUAUAGCCCGGCAGCUAGCGCGGAUGCUGUACAAGCUUUCAUUCGCUUGGGAAUGGCAGGCCAGCACAUUGCUAGCCCGAGUCCAGUAAACAAUAGCCGCGCAGGAAUAGCACGGGGUCAGAAGCGUCCUCGUCCCACAGAUGACGGGGAUGAUGACGACGAUUUCGAGCAGGAUCAGCGCAUCCCUGACAGCCAGUCGAUGCCACCACCUCCUCCUCCAGUCCGCCGACGCCGACGUACCAGUGGCUCUCGUGCCAAACGCGUUCAGAUGGAGCCGCAGAUUCCUGUUGAUCCGAUACUGACCGCCGGCGACUCGGCCCAAUAUCCUGCGCCGCCCGAAUCCAUUGUAGAUGGCGCUCAUGACGGCAAUAACAGCACUACUACCGGCUUGGACAACGCGAGCGAUGCGUUUGCUUCUCCCGCCCCAUCGUCUGUGAUGAACGUCGCCACCGCACCGAAUCUGUUGCAGAUGUCGCAGCAUGCCAGGGCCAUCUCGGCUCUAGCUAGGCAGCGUAACCCGAAGCCACCGCAGACUCGCGUGCCCUGGUCCAUACCUGACUGCCAGCGUCUCAUUGGUGCUGUAGGUGCCUAUGAUGCCAAGUGGAGUAAGAUCGCCGAGGCCAUCAGGAACGGCCAGGUGCCACUUGAGCAUCCACGAGACCAACAGGCAUUGAGAGACAAGGCGAGACUCAUUAAGCAGGAUAUGCUCAAAACCGACAGCAUUCUUCCACCGGGCUUCGACCUGGUCCUUUUUGGCAGAAAAGAGAAUGAAGCCGUCAUCAACGUCGGCAAGAACCCCCAUCGCAAAGAGAGCGACAUAGACCCGACCACCGGCCGCCCCGUCAACACGGAGUGGGUUGACCCCAAUGCUCCGCCGCCGCCGCCGCCUGAGGAGCAGGAUGGCGAGCAGCAACAACAACAGGAGCCAUUGACCACGGCAGAGGAAGCUGUAGUAGCUGCAGCUGAGGAAGAAAGGCAAGAGCACGAACCACGGCAUUACCAGCGUCACGAGCAGGAACAGCAGCAGCUGGAGGAGCAUACCGAGGGGCAGCAGGGUCACCAGCGUCAUGAGCAGGGACCGCAGCAACUGGAUGAGCACCUCGAGCAAUCGCAACAGCUCGACGAGCAGUCGCAGCUCCAGCAGGAGGACCAGGGACAGGAGCAGGAGCAACACGAGGCCUCGGCGACUGAGGGUGCCGUGCGCAUGUCGGACUAGCUAUCCGACAUUGGACACAGGACCUUUGGGGAAACAUUGUCGCAAAGCGACGACUCGGGCGCCAUGACUAGGCAAAUUCUAUAAGAGAUGAACAACGAUGAGCUUUAUGAUUCGAACGCGGUCACCUUUGUAAUACAACAGUUACGAUGAACAGUUUUUACUUUUUCCAUUGACAUUUCUACCCUUGUUUUGUUGCCA